AAGUGCUGUUCAAAUAUUGAGUCAGUAAUGACCUCUGCACACCAGCCUUUGGUGCAUGUUAAAUUCAAAACAAGCUUAGCGUUUUUUUUUUUUUUUUUUUUUUUUUUUUUUGGAUAGAAACUGGUGGGGGUGGGGAAAGACUGAGGGAACUGGGAAGAGAAGGAGGGGAAGUUAAACCUUGCUUCCCACUCUGUCUUUCUCAGAAAACCAAACAUGGCAUCUUCCAUGAGGAGCUUGUUUUCUGACCACGGGAGAUAUGUUGAAUCUUUCCGGAGGUUUCUCAGCCAUUCCACGGAACACCAGUGCAUGCAGGAAUUCAUGGACAAGAAGCUGCCAGGCAUAAUAACAAGGAUUGGAGACACAAAAUCAGAAAUUAAGAUUCUAAGCAUAGGCGGAGGUGCAGGUGAAAUUGAUCUUCAAAUUAUCUCCAAAGUUCAGGCUCAAUACCCAGGAAUUUGUAUCAACAAUGAAGUUGUUGAGCCAAGUGCUGAACAAAUUGCCAAAUACAAAGAGCUUGUAGCCAAGACAUCAAACCUUGAGAAUGUAAAGUUUGCUUGGCGUAAUGAGACAUCAUCUGAAUAUCAAAGAAGAAUGUUGGAGAAAAAGGAGGUUCAAAAGUGGGACUUUAUUCAUAUGAUUCAGAUGCUGUAUUAUGUAAAAGACAUCCCAGCUACCCUGAAAUUCUUCCACAGUCUCUUAGGUACCAAUGCUAAGAUUCUCAUUAUUGUUGUGUCAGGAAGCAGUGGCUGGGACAAGCUGUGGAAAAAGUACGGAUCACGCUUACCCCAGGAUGACCUCUGCCUGUAUGUCACAUCAGAUGACCUCACUCAGAUGCUGGACAACCUAGGGCUUAAGUAUGAGUGCUAUGACCUUUUGUCCACCUUGGACAUAUCUGAUUGCUUUACUGAUGGUAAUGAAACUGCAGACCUGCUUUGGGAUUUUUUGACUGAAACCUGCAACUUUAAUGCCACAGCACCACCUGAUCUCAAAGCAGAGCUUGUGAAAGAUCUACAAGAGCCUGAAUUUAGUACUAAGAAAGAGGGGAAGGUUCUUUUUAAUAAUAAUCUGAGUUUCAUAGUGAUUGGGGCAUAACUAUCAAUCACAAAAGUAUAUUCAAAAAUUAUAUUUUGAACAACUCUGAUUGCGCAUUGAUUUCCAUAUUAAAAUUACAAACACCUACAUUAAUGUAGAUAAAACACUGUUUGGGUAUGAGAUGUAGCAAAUUCCAAGACAUUAUUGUACUUCCAUUUGUAAUCAUAUGGGACACUGCUGGUCUUAUCCUGUCCCUCCUCCAGGAAGAGAGACCACAUGCAGGCUCAACAUAACAUAAGCUAGAAAAAUUAGAUGACUGAAUUUCUAUGGCAUAUUGAUAAUAAAAUUCAUUCCAUUUGCUGAUUGUCUGAAAUUUUCUAGAAUAAUAAUAAAAUAUAUACUAUAGAUUAUUUAUUAGUGAAGUAUGCACUUACCAAUACUUUGAACACAAAGCCUAUGUUACUGGUUUGGCCAUUUUGUGAAGAAAUAUUUCUCUUUGUACAUUCUUCUAUUGUACUUUUUAUCUCAUUUUUAUUAAUUUUUAAGAGUAAGCACCUUUAGAAUAUUAAGAAUUAAUUCUUUAUCA